GGUCAUUUGUGUCUCUGUCCGACGCUCAGACUGUGCAGUGGAUAUCGCGGAUCGAUCGAUCGCCGACGGACUGAUCGCAGACGGUGGCUAGCACGAGUAUCCAAACGCGUAUGGAGCAAUCAAUCACAACGUAGACAAAUUUAGUAUUCAGCGGCAUAUAAACGUAUUUCAAAUAUUUCUACAACACCCAACAAAGCGAUUAUUCUCAGAAAUACAAGUUCAAAAUCAAUUUUGCACACGCAAUACUUAAAAUAAAAUAAAAACAAAAGGAUAGCAAAACAAGCAAAAACACAAAACAAAACAAAAAAUAGACGCUAAAUAACAAAAGAGAAUAAACUUCGGUGAAGUGCCGUGUUUUCGUUGUUAUAUAAUAUAUGCCAAAGUUUGCGAGGUCACUGAAAUUUUAACAAGUUUUUUGUUGUGAAUGUGUUUGUGUACAUAUGACAUAUGCGAAAUUUCGGCCAAAUCUACGGCCUCCAAACGCAAACGCAGGUUGCCCGAUAACAGGUGGCACGCAUUGGCGAAAAAAACGUACUGGCGAUUGAUGACAAAUUGACGAGCAAAUAAAAGAAAACGGUAAUUAAUACGGAAUAGCAGUGCGCGAAUCGCUAGAAAACACUUGGGGCAACACACUCGAACCUUGAGUUGAGCCAAGAGCCGUGAAAAGUUGUGUAGCAACUCAGUGAAAGUUUAGUGCUCCGAACUGGCGGUAAUUAGUGAACAGGAAAUGAUGAAGCACGAUAGCAGUAUCAAGCCGAUACCUAUAGGGAAUCCAAGCAUAGCUGCCGGUCAAGUUUCAGGCACUUCGUCAUUAAAGCGUGGACUGUGGCGAAACCGCAAUGAGGUGGAAGCGCCAGUUUGCGCACGAAGUCCCAUCACUAAGGCGUUUGAUUUCCUGCCUUGGGGACGCAACAAGAAAACUGCUGACAAAACACAGCAGCAACAACCACAGCAGCACCAGCAAAAGCAGCAGCCAAAACAACAGCCAUCAUCUGCCGCAAAGUCAACAAAUAGCAGCGCUCACACCAAUACCAGCAGCACAAGCACAAAUAGUAAUGCCUCAACUACAAUUGCGACGGAUAAGGAUAAGGAGGCAGGUAUACAUUACCAUCGGAAUAUUUUUCGCAGCGGGGGUGGCCUUAUACGCGACAUUCUUGGCGGCGAUAAGUUGAAUAAAGAGAAAACCGGCAACAAUAAAUCGGAGUUGCCACUGAAAAAUUCCACCCAGCGCCAGAAGCCCAAGCAGGUAGUAGCGAGAAACAAAAGUUUAGAUAUACACGAACUUAUCAAUACUGUUGAGAAUGAAUUGCGUGGGGAAAAGCAGAAGAAUGGGCGUAGUCAGUUCAUGGACGACACGUUCAUUGAGAAUAUUAUGCGUGCCAAGGAAGCUUACCGUCAGGCCAAUAACGAUUUGAUGGAUGAAGAAAAGCCAGAAGAUUAUAGAUUUGUGGAUGGCACCGAUGAAGUUGAGGAUGGUCGUCACGAACUGACGCAGCAAAGGCAACAACAUACCAGUGAUGAACAGCUAGAGUGUGUGCCCUCAGGCAGCAUCAGCAUUGGUGCCCCACCAUCGCGACAUAUUCUCUUCAACGACGAGGACAUUGUAUAUCUGAUAAAGAAAGAGCUUCCGGUCAAACGGGAAAUGAGCAAAACCAAACGUAAAGUAUCUACCAACCAUUCGCCAAUGAACGAAAAGGAGCAGCAGUCCUAUCAGCAAUACCAUCAUCAUUACCACCAGCAGCCACAGCAGCAGCAACACCAACAAAGAGAACGAGAACGAGACCAUGAACGCGGAAGGGACCGUCAGGAACGUGGUGAAAGUGUAUUGCGUACACGCUUUAAAUUCAAGAAAUUGACACCGGAAGGCACACCACUGCCGGAGCGUAGAUCAACAUCGGCUCAAAUGCUCAACAAUCAACAGAGUCACAAUCAAAGCGACUACAAUGGUGUUGAAUAUGCCCAACCCAAUGCACGCAUUUACCAGACAUCAAGGUCGGUCAUUGAUAAUUAUGGCACAAACCUCAGUGAUUGUGGAAAGCGUAGCAUUCUGCAGCGACAAAACACUUCACCUGCUCUAAUUAGUUUGGCAGGAGAAAACGGUAGUGAAAACGGAAAUGGAGGCAGCUACAGUCCAGAAAAUCGACGACGACACCAUCAACUGUUUCAGCGUGGCGAGCAACGUGCACAGCUGCAACGCCGGAAAUCGUUCACAGACUACGACAACUCAGCACUAGGCAAUUGCAGUUCCAGCAGUAGUAUGGCAAGUGGCGGCGGCAGUGCUGGUGCGCCCAGCACCGAUCCACCGCGCGGAGAAAAACCUCGUAAGAAGCUCUCCUUUCGCGAACCAGUAGCAGAUAAGCCACGAAUACGACGUCGUAGCUCACCCCUACAGCAUCCACAAUAUAUCGGUGCCGAUGGCAAAAUACAUGACAUGGAUGCGACAGACGCGGCUGGUAACACUGCAAUGGACUUGAGUAAUGGGUUUGUCAAUACGAAUGCGAACAAAGUGAGCUGUGAUAAUUUGAGUCCCGGCAGCAAUAGCACAGCUUUAAUGGCCUUACCUGAUAACCGCAAUUACACUGCUCAGUUGAGCAACAUAACCUUAGACGCAACAGGAAACUGUUAUAUGGAUAAUGCUAAUUUAACAUUGGAUUUUGAGUCACAGGCGAUGCGAAUCGUACGCACCGUCGGCCAAGCCUUCGAAGUAUGUCACAAGUUCAAUCUUCAUAAGAAUUCCUUGGAUCACAACGACGAACGCUCGGAUGUCUCAUCGGAGUUGCUAGAUGUUGAACGCAUUUCAGAACAGCAGUUGACAGAUGAUGAGGUGGACAAAAAAGAGCCAUUGACUGCUGUGACGGACAUAAAGCCCCCUCAAAGACCGAAUCAUCUGGAAUUGGUGCCACAGACCAGUUCAAAUAUGCGCAAAUCACCGAGUUUGCUGACUGCUGAUGAAGAUAAAUCACCUACUACACCCUCAUCACCGAGCCAUGAAAUUAGCAAACUAAAGGAUCAAUUGGAGCAACAGGCCAUACAAACGCGUCAGGCAUUGGCGCAAUUGAUGUUGGUACGGGAGCAGCUCAUAUCGGAAACGAAUGCGCGCAUCGAGGCGCAGGCACGCACACAGCAACUGUUACAGCAGAAUCGCGAGCUGCUCGAGCAUUUGGCUUCACUGGGUGCCUAUAAUGAACAACAGACCGCCGGACUGACAUCGGCCAACAUCGGCAUGGCACCACAGCUGCAAAUGUUUUUACAAGCUACUGGCAACAACAACAAUUUGGCUACCAUCAAUCAACAAAUCAACAGCCUUGGCUCCAUCAACCAGCAGCUAACAUCACUCAGUCAUCAGCUGAGUGGUUUGAAUCAGCAAAGUCAAAAUAUACAAAAUUUCCAGAAUAUUAAUGCAGCACAUCAACAACACCAACAGCAGCCAUCACCGCCGGCCUCAGUUGCUGUUCAACAACAGUUGACGCCACCCAGCUCAAACGCCUCAAUGCAACAUUUGAAUAUCGCCACGACGGCGAGAGCUGCCAAUAGCAGCAACAGCAGCACCAUCAACAACAACAGCAGCAACAACAACACUGGCGGCAGCAACAGUUCAUUCCCCACAAUGAACCAAUUGCAAAGCAUUAGCAAUCAACUGCAGCAACUUAACGCGCAGGCUACGCAAUCACAGCAGGACGCGCUAUCCAAAGAUCUAUUUCAGGUCAAUCAGGAGCUGCUGAAUCGCCUACAGGCGCUUAACCUGGGCGCUAGUAAUGCCAACGCGCUAACGUCACUGACCAGUGCUCAGCAAACGCCCUCGCCUCGCAAUUCAUUCUUCUUCGUCAAUCCUAUGUCCUGCAGUCCGGCCAACAACAACAACACCGCUAGCAAUUUCAAUUUCCUCAGCUCGCCAAGCACGCUGUCGGGUCAGCUGACUCCAUCGCCGAUGAGCACACUCACGCGCAAUUCAUAUACACAUAGCCCACAGCUACAACAGCAAAACGAAGCGGAAGCGUUACGACUUAGCAGCAUCGAUCAGAAUUUGAACAACCUUAUAGACGAGCAACUGAUGAAGCCACUAAGCGGGCCAAUAGUAUCGGCCAGUUCUAAUGGCAACAUAGCCGCGAGCAGUACCUCUGGUACGCGCGAAUCUAGCCGCUCCUCGUCGACGCUGGACUCAACAUCGCCAUCAUCGCCACGCAUACGCAGUGCCAACAACGAGCCACGCUUCAACACAGUGAUGCUAAAGGUCACCGACGAAGCAGGCAACGUGACUAACCAGCGAAAACUCUCGGCCACUCCGAGUUUCAUACAGCGCAGCACCAGCGAAAAAGUGCCAAAUCGUAGCCAAAUUAUGAGCCAGGUACAACGCACAGCUUGGGCGCGUCACACCACCAAAUAACAGCAGGAAACAGGCAAAGACGGCGACAGCUGUGUGGAUGGCAUUAUAAUAGAGAUCUAGUUGGGACUAAGUAGGGUGGGUGGGAUUUUUGUCAAUACACAAUAAGGCAGAGUAGCGUUGUGCAUUCAAUGUUGUCGAUUGUGCUUCAGAAAUUAAAUUUUUCUUAUACAUACUUAUAUAUAAAAGUAGGUUAUGUUAAAAAUACUCAUACAUACAUAGAUACAAAUACUUAUGUAUCUUAAGGGAGUAUUACAUACAGAUGAUGCGAUAGAUUGGUCUAUCGUAGAGAAAUUUCAUAUCUAUUAGAAUUAGUGCAGUCCAUUAAUAAACUGGUAGGAAGCUCCAAAGAACUUCAAUUAAUAAAUUUAGUUACUGUA